CCCAAACUAGAAGCACCCUGCAAGCUACUUCAAUCUCCAUCCUAUUGUUCCUCUGGUGCACUAGGUUAACUUAAAUUUGAAAAAAAAAAAGAUGUCUAAACUCCUGCAAGGCAUUGUCACUGUCAUUGAUGUUUUCUACCAAUAUACCACCCAACAUGGGGACUGUGACACGUUAAACAAGGCAGAGCUGAAAGAACUCUUGGAAAAUGAGUUUCACCAAAUUCUGAAGAAUCCAAAUGAUCCAGACACUGUAGAUAUCAUCAUGCAAAGUCUGGAUCAAGACCACAACAACAAAGUGGAUUUUACUGAAUAUCUUCUGAUGAUAUUCAAGCUGACUAAGGCUUGUAAUAAAAUCAUUGGCAAAGAUUACUGCCAAGCUUCAGGGUCGAAGCAGAGAGAUCACAGUCACCAGCACCAAGAGGAACAGAGUGAAACAGAAGAAGAGAAAGACAAAUGGCAAGAAUCCUCUUCCAAUUAUUCAAGUUCAAGUGCAGAAGAGAAUGAUUCCUAUUCCAAGAGCUCUAGAGGAAACAUUAAACACAGGCCUAGGUUCACAUCCAGAAAAUUGAAGGAACAAGGAAUUUUGUCUAAUUCUGGGCACUGGCAAAGCUCUGGGGAAAGGAAAGACUCAAGUUCAAGCCACUUUGAGCACAGUGAAAACAAUAAGCAUGGUACUCAUCAGCAAGAAAGAGCCAACCCAAAAGAAUUUUUAGGGAAUAAACAACAUAAUAAGAAAUCAGGCCUGUCCUCUGGUAGGAAGUAUCAUGGAUUCAGCUCAGGGAGUUAUGAAGGACAAGACUACGGGUCAAACUCAAAUGACCAUUCUGGUUAUGCUAAUGAGUCUAGCUCAGGCCAGCCCUCUCAACAGAGAUGGCAUGAACCAAAUGUAGAAUCUCAAUCAGGUAACUGUGAAGAACAAGGAUACUAUUCCAGUUCAAGUGAGUCUUCCAGUUAUGGAAAAUAUAGGUCAAGCUCAGGUCAUCCCCCUAGUAAAAGAAGACAUACAUCCAGCUCAAGUGAGUCAAGGAGUUGGGAAAAACAAAAUCAGGGAUCUAGCUCAGGCAAGUCAUCAAGUUGUGAACAAGAUGGAUCUGAUUUAGAUCAGUCAUCACGAUAUGAACAACAGGGCUCUAGCUUUAGUCAUUCUUCUAGUCAAAGGCAACCUAGAUCAAGCUCAAGUGGUAUAUCAGAAUACAGGCAACAAGAAAAAUAUGGUUCUGGAUCAAGACAGUCCUCAAGCAAUGAAGAAUAUAGGUCUGCAUCAGGCAAGUCCAUAAGCAGUGACAAAAAUCGAUCAAGCUCCUAUCGGUCCUCUACUCAGAGAAAACACAGAAGCAGCUAUACUCAUUCAUCAGAAAGUGACAGAAGACAAAAGCAUGGCUCUGGCACAGGUCAGACCUCUGUCUUUGGUCACGAGAGGUCUCGCUUGGGAAAGCAUACUAGCCACGGUCACCUAGAGACUGGAUCUGGAGAGUCUUCUGACUAUGAACAAUGUGGGUAUGGAUCCAGCAUUUCUUCCAGGGAAAAAUACCAUGAAUCCAAUUCAGGCUGUCAGUCGGGGAGUUCUACGAGACAAACGCAUAGCUCUGGAUCAGGCCAAUCCUCUAAUUAUGGAAAAUAUGGAAGUGGCUCAAGCCUAUGUUCUAGUCAGAAACACCAUGAGUCUACCUCAGGUCAAUCUGUUAGUUACGGUCAGCAUGGUUGUGGGUCAAGUGAGUCUUCUGGUUCUGCUCAACAACAGUCUGCAUCUGGAGAGUCUUCUGCAUUUAAUCAACAUGGAACUGGCUUAGGCCAGUCCUCUAGUAGUGGACAACAUGGCUCAUACUCAGGACAGUCAUCAAGCAGUGAACAACAUGGGUCCAGCUCAGCUCAGUCUCCCAGCUAUGGCCAGCACAGAUCUGGAUCAAGAAAAUCUUCUAGGCAGAGGCACCACAGUUCUGGUUCAGGAGGGUCUUCAAGUGUUGGACAAGGAUCCAGUUCAGGAGAGUCCUCUAGCUUCAGUCACCAUGGAACUGGCUUAGAGCAGUCCUCCAGUAGUGGACAACAUGGCUCAUACUCAGGACAGUCAUCCACCUGUGGCCAACAUGGGUCCAGCUCAGGUCAGUCUACCAGCUAUGGACAGCAUGGGUCUGGGUUAAGUCAGUCUUCCAGCUAUGGCCAGCACAGAUCUGGAUCAAGUCAAACUUCUAGGCAGAGGCACCACAGUUCUGGUUCAAGAAGGUCUUCAAAUUUUGGACAAGGGUCUGGCUCAGGAGAGUCUUCUGGCUUUAAUCAACAUGGGUCUGGCUUAGGUCAAUCCUCUAGUAGUGGACAACAUGGCUCAUACUCAGGACAGUCAUCAAGCUGUGAACAACAUGGGUCCAGCUUAGCUCAGUCUCCCAGCUAUGGCCAGCACAGAUCUGGAUCAAGACAAUCUUCUAGGCAGAGGCACCACAGUUCUGGUUCAAGAGGGUCUUCAAGUUUUGGACAAGGGACUGGUUCAGGAGAGUCCUCUAGCUUUAGUCACCAUGGAACUGGCUUAGGCCAGUCCUCUAGUAGUGGACAGCAUGGCUCAUACUCAGGACAGUCAUCCAGCUGUGGCCAACAUGGGUCCAGCUCAGGUCAGUCUGCCAGCUAUGGACAGCAUGGGUCUGGGUUAAGUCAGUCUUCCAGCUGUGGCCAGCACAGAUCUGGAUCAAGUCAAACUUCUAGGCAGAGGCACCACAGUUCUGGUUCAGGAGGGUCUUCAAGUUUUGGACAAGGCUCUGGUUCAGGAGAGUCCUCUAGCUUUAGUCACCAUGGAACUGGCUUAGGUCAGUCCUCUAGUAGUGGACAGCAUGGCUCAUACUCAGGACAGUCAUCCAGCUGUGGCCAACAUGGGUCCAGCUCAGGUCAGUCUGCCAGCUAUGGACAGCAUGGGUCUGGGUUAAGUCAGUCUUCCAGCUGUGGCCAGCACAGAUCCGGAUCAAGCCAAACUUCUAGGCAGAGGCACCACAGUUCUGGUUCAGGAGGGUCUUUAAGUGUUGGACAAGGGUCUGGCUCAGGAGAGUCUUCUGGCAUUAGUCACCAUGGAACUGGCUUAGGUCAGUCCUCUAGUAGUGGACAACAUGGCUCAUACUCAGGUCAGUCAUCAAGCAGUGAACAACAUGGGUCCAGCUCAGCUCAGUCUCCCAGCUAUGGCCAGCACAGAUCUGGAUCAAGACAAUCUUCUAGGCAGAGGCACCACAGUUCUGGUUCAGGAGGGUCUUCAAGUUUUGGACAAGGGACUGGUUCGGGAGAGUCCUCUAGCUUUAGUCACCAUGGAACUGGCUUAGGCCAGUCCUCUAGUAGUGGACAGCAUGGCUCAUACUCAGGACAGUCAUCCAGCUGUGGCCAACAUGGGUCCAGCUCAGGUCAGUCUGCCAGCUAUGGACAGCAUGGGUCUGGGUUAAGUCAGUCUUCCAGCUGUGGCCAGCACAGAUCCGGAUCAAGCCAAACUUCUAGGCAGAGGCACCACAGUUCUGGUUCAGGAGGGUCUUCAAGUGUUGGACAAGGGUCUGGCUCAGGAGAGUCUUCUGGCAUUAGUCACCAUGGAACUGGCUUAGAGCAGUCCUCCAGUAGUGGACAACAUGGCUCAUACUCAGGACAGUCAUCCACCUGUGGCCAACAUGGGUCCAGCUCAGGUCAGUCUACCAGCUAUGGACAGCAUGGGUCUGGGUUAAGUCAGUCUUCCAGCUAUGGCCAGCACAGAUCUGGAUCAAGUCAAACUUCUAGGCAGAGGCACCAUAGUUCUGGAUCAAGAAGGUCUUCAAAUUUUGGACAAGGGUCUGGCUCAGGAGAGUCUUCUGGCUUUAAUCAACAUGGGUCUGGCUUAGGUCAAUCGUCUAGUAGUGGACAACAUGGCUCAUACUCAGGACAGUCAUCAAGCUGUGAACAACAUGGGUCCAGCUCAGCUCAAUCUCCCAGCUAUGGUCAGCACACAUCUGGAUCAAGACAAUCUUCUAGGCAGAGGUACCACAGUUCUGGUACAGGAGGGUCUUCAAUUUUUGGACAAGGCUCUGGUUCAGGAGAGCCCUCUAGCUUUAGUCACCAUGGAACUGGCUUAGGCCAGUCCUCUAGUAGUGGACAGCAUGGCUCAUACUCAGGACAGUCAUCCAGCUGUGGCCAACAUGGGUCCAGCUCAGGUCAGUCUGCCAGCUAUGGACAGCAUGGGUCUGGGUUAAGUCAGUCUUCCAGCUAUGGCCAGCACAGAUCUGGAUCAAGUCAAACUUCUAGGCAGAGGCACCACAGUUCUGGUUCAAGAGGGUCUUCAAAUUUUGGACAAGGCUCUGGUUCAGGAGAGUCCUCUAGCUUUAGUCACCAUGGAACUGGCUUAGGCCAGUCCUCUAGUAGUGGACAGCAUGGCUCAUACUCAGGACAGUCAUCCAGCUGUGGCCAACAUGGGUCCAGCUUAGGUCAGUCUGCCAGCUAUGGACAGCAUGGGUCUGGGUUAAGUCAGUCUUCCAGGUAUGGCCAGCACAGAUCUGGAUCAAGACAAUCUUCUAGGCAGAGGCACCACAGUUCUGGUUCAGGAGGGUCUUCAAGUGUUGGACAAGGGUCUGGCUCAGGAGAGUCUUCUGGCAUUAGUCACCAUGGAACUGGCUUAGGUCAGUCCUCUAGUAGUGGACAACAUGGCUCAUACUCAGGACAGUCAUCCAGCUGUGGCCAACAUGGAUCCAGCUCAGGUCAGUCUGCCAGCUAUGGACAGCAUGGGUCUGGGUUAAGUCAGUCUUCCAGCUGUGGCCAGCACAUAUCUGGAUCACGUCAAACUUCUAGGCAGAGGCACCACAGUUCUGGUUCAGGAGGGUCUUCACAUUUUGGACAAGGGUCUGGUUCAGGAGAGUCCUCUAGCUUUAGUCACCAUGGAACUGGCUUAGGCCAGUCCUCUAGUAAUGGAGAACAUGGCUCAUACUCAGGACAGUCAUCCAGCUGUUGCCAACAUGGCUCCAGCUCAGGACAGUCUUCCAGUUAUGGUCAGCAUAGAUCUGGUUUAAGUCAGUCUUCUAGCUAUGGACAACACACAGCUGAAUCUGGCCAGUCUUCUAUUCAUAGGCAACAUGGGCCUGGUUCAAUAGAGUCUUCUGGUUUUGGUCAACCCAGGUCUGGCUCAGGUCAGUCUUCUAGCUUUCAGCAUGGGUCUGGAUCAAGUCAAUCUUCCAGUUUGGGGCAACAAAUAUCUGGCUCAGGAGAAUUUUCUGGCUUUGGUCAACAUGAAUCUUGUUCAGGAGGUUCUUCUGGCUUUAGUCAGAAUAGAUCUGGCUUAGAUCAAACUUCUGGCUAUGGACAACAGGGUUCAAUAGCAGGACAGUCAUCAUGCCAUGACCAACCUUGGUCCAGCUCAAGUCAAUCUUCCCACUAUGGUCAACAUGGGUAUGGUUCAAAUCAGUCUUCUAACUCUGGCCAGCAGAGAUCUGCCUCAAGUCAUUAUUCUAGCCACAGCCAAUUUGGAUCUGGCUCAGGUCAGAGUUGUAGCUCUCAACAAUAUGGGUCUGGUUCACGUCCUUCCUCUAUAUCUGCACAACCUUAUUCUGGAUCUGGUCAGUGUUCUAGUUCUAAACCGUAUGUGUCUGGUUCUUGUCCCUCAUCUAUCUCUGGACAAUGUCGUUCUGGAUCUGGUCUGUGCUCUAGCUCUCAACAAUAUGAGUAUGGCUCAUGUCACUCAUCUAGAUCUGGAUCAUGUAGCUCUGGACCCAGUCAGUGUUCUAGUUAUGAGCAACAUGAAUCACAAGGGAGAUGUGGAAACCAGUGUGAAUCAAACUGUAACCAUUCAAAUUAUAAUGAAGGACAAUCAAGAAGCAGUUAUAGACCAGCAGAAAGUUCCUCAGGUUGUACCUUUGAACAAUUUACACCCUGUUAUGAACAGUCUAGAUCCAAUACUACCAAUACACUGCCAUUAUACAAUGAGGACAAUAGACAAGGUGGCUACUGCUAUCAAAGAGGAAGAGUAAGUAACUAUGGAGGGGGAAGUUUAGGUUCAAAUUCUCAUAGUUUUAAUAGUAGCACUCCACUUUAUGAAUAUGUCCAAGAGCAGAGGUGCUAAUUCUAAGAAUGAAUAAUAAACAGAAGUUAAAAUAACUCAAAUAGCAAUUUAAGAAAUGAAAAAUUUGCAGAUAAGCAACUCAUGAAAUUUCUUUCUCAAAGUAGAUAUAUCUUUUUCUAUUCUUUUCUCUUAAAGCUAUAAUGUACUCUAUUCCUUAUUAUGCAUUCCUUCCAAAGAAUGUAGGAUAUUUAGGCUAACUCUGUUAGGAAAUAUUUGGUUGAAUAAAUGAUUAGUGUUGCGGGUUAAAUUCAAAAUAAAGCAAAAGUAUUUAAGAGUAUGGGAUUUAGUUAAGGUAUCUUUGAGAGGUCAUUAUUUAAUUAGAGAUGAUUCCAAAACAAAGCUUGUAGCUUUAUAAUGCUAUAUAGUAUAAAAGCAUUGCUAGUCCUGGAGCCAAAUCUUUCUAUUAAAGCAAUACAUACUCUAAUUUUUGGUGUAACCUACACUAAACAGUAGCAGAAACACAAAAACAAAGAUGCAGCCUUGGUAGCUUCUUUGUUUCUCAAAACCACCAAACCCCUAUUUUGGGGUAUACCAGUACUAAUCAGUGGCAUUAAAAAGUUGCUCCAAAUGUUUCUCCCUAGCCAACAAGCAAGAGUAUGAUUUGUUUUGUUUUGUUUUGUUUUAACAUACUAGGGAUUGAACACAGGGAUUCACACAUGCAAUGCAAGCACUCUAUCACUGAACUACAUCCCCAAAUGCCCUCCCACCCCAACUUUUUAAAUUUUAUUUUGAGACAGGGUCUUCACUAAGCCAGCCUCAAACUUGUGAUUCUCCAGCCUCAGCCUCCCCAAUAGCUGGAAUUACAGGCAUGGGCCACUGUGCCCAGAAAGAUUAUUUCUUAAAGAGCAGAGAUGGAUCAGUUCAGGAUCAAAUGAUCCAAAUGUGGGCUUUAUUUUGGGUCAGCAAGAACGAUCUUGGCUUCUAUUUCUGUGAAGUUGUUCUGAACUAGAAAACUUUAGAGGUGCUAUAAAAUAGAAAUAUAAUUCCUCCUGUCAUUUACUAUCCUUUCCAUGUAGGGAAAUAUCAUCAAUACCCAACUGGAAAGGAAGACUGUCACAGUUAUAUAUAUGGUUCUUUGGUUUGAUUGUAAUGUGUUUGUUUUAAGUCUUUGGAUUCAAAUAACUGUAUUACAUUAAAAUUAACAAUACAUAAAUGGUGAUCAA